AGGAUGAUACAUUCACUGAUGCAUUUCAGUUGCUUUAUAACCAUCAUUUAGGUCAAUUUGUUCAAGCAGACACUUCUCCACCGUUACCAGUGUUUUUGCUUUGUUCUUUGUUAUGGAAAGCCAAGUAAAAAUGGCUUCCGGAAAUGACCAAAAAGUCCUGAGGAAACUCCACCCUGUGGCGUCUUCGCUAAUGGACAGGUUUCCAAUAACUCCAUCUUGUGUGUCAUAGAGAUCAGAGAACACAGCUGAUAGGUGAAGCGUGAAGUUUUUUUUCUAUCGUUAAUUUAUACGAUUGGUCUAAGGACUGUGGUAAUGUCAUUGGAAACCUACCAAUACAUCAUUGCAGAAGAACCCCGGCACAUUUUCAAAAUUGAGCAUGUGAGUUGUGCUCAAGUAUUAAGGCAAACUGUGCAUGGGAUAGGCACAGUGACAUCAACAUAAUCGCCACAUGCGCUAGUACAAAGCGGCCUUUAUUGCCCUCCUCCCCCACACACACACAUAAAGCCCAAGAUGUUACAUACAGUAGCAUGUCUUGACAGUUGAAUCUUGUUUCUUAUAAUUUUUCAGGAUGAUAACUUGAAUCCUAAAAACAUAUGUGAGGUUUCUACGGAAAAUGUCCCAUAUCUAGUAUAUUCCAGCAACUGUCAACCAUGUUUCAUUGGAUUUCAAAGUGCCAUUCUCUCAAGAUGUUUGACAAAAUGGCAGCCACUAUCCAGAACGUAUUCUACAACUUUGAAGAGUGCAGGCAGCGUCUUGCCCAAAGAUUAAGAUCUUCUGCCACUCGAAUAAUAGGCAUAGAAAAUCUAUGGAUGGAUAAUUUAACAAUAUUGCCAUGUACUGACAAGACUGACAUCAUAGAUCUUUGAUGCGCAACAACUCAAUUAUGACGAAUAUACCUGCACUUGUAAUCCUAAAAUAAAGUUCAACUUUAAAUGUUUAACUGAUAUACAGUUUAAUUCAAAUUUUCCUCAGAUUUACUCUCAACACAAACAUAAAUGAGCAGACUUGCUUGUUCUUAGUUUAAGUUUAAUGCAAUCAGUGCAUUAACUGCACUGAUCUUAUUGGUCUAUUAUGCACUAUUGACAGACGCCAACUAAUUUACCAAAGUGUAUCAUUUGCUCAUUAACCCAAUAAACUAUUUUUUUUGCCCUAUUUUAAAUAGAAGGUUUGGGAUUGGCUGUUACCUUGGCGAUUCAGCGUCUGAUUGGCUCCUCCUUGUUUCCGAGGCUACUCUGUGACGUUUUUGGGUCUGCCUGAGAUAAACUGGAGAGAAUGGCUGCCUGUGCAGAGGUAGGGAAGCUGUUACAAGUUCAGAAUGGGACACCAAGCACCAACUACAAUGGGGUAGACGCUAUACACGCCUGCAAUAUUCUUCAGCAGCUCAAAGCUUUGUAUGAUGAAGCUCAGCUUACAGAUAUUGUCGUAGAAGUGGACCAUGGCAAGACGUUCUCAUGUCACAGGAAUGUUCUUGCUGCAAUUAGCCCCUAUUUUAGGUCCAUGUUCACCAGUGGCCUUACAGAGAGCAGCCAACGGGAGGUCAGAAUUGUUGGGGUGGAAUCGGAAUCUAUGCACCUUGUUUUAGACUAUGCCUACACGUCCAGGGUCACGCUCUCUGAGUCCAAUGUCCAGGCCCUGUUCACUGCAGCCAGCAUUUUCCAGAUACCUGCCCUGCAGGACCAGUGUGCCCAGUUUAUGAUCAGCAGGCUCGACCCCCAGAACUGCAUAGGGGUUUUCAUGUUUGCAGAUGCUUACGGGCACCAGGAGCUAACGGAACGCUCACAAGACUACAUCCGUAAAAAGUUCCUGUGUGUUUCAAGAGAGCAAGAAUUCCUCCAGAUGACCAAGGAGCAACUGGUCAGCAUUUUAAACAAUGAUGACCUCAAUGUGGAGAAAGAGGAGCAUGUCUACGAGAGCAUAAUCCGAUGGUUGGAGCAUGAUCUGAGUGGCCGGGAGGCCCAUCUUGCAGAGGUGUUUUCCCAGUGCAUCCGUCUGCCUUUGUUGGAUGAUACCUUCCUCAGUCGGAUACCUGCACCAUUUGCUUGCGCCCUUUCCCUGUCGAAAGACACUGUUGAGGCGAAAGCCUGCCUCACUGGAACCAAUGGUUGCCCCCAGCGCCUGGGCAUGACUGCUUCUGAGAUGGUCAUCUGCUUUGAUGCCGCUCACAAACACUCAGGGAAGAAGCAAACUGUACCUUGCCUAGACACAGCCACAGGCAGGGUGUUCAAGCUGUGCAAACCACCGAACGAUCUCCGAGAGGUUGGUAUCCUGGUCUCUUCAGAAAAUGACAUCUACAUCGCUGGGGGCUACCGACCAAGUAACAGUGAGGUGUCCAUAGACCAUCGGGCAGAGAGCGACUUCUGGCAGUAUGAACAUGCAGGAAAUCGAUGGUUACCACAUGCACCUCUUUUGAGAGCGAGAAUUGGUUGUCGACUGGUACACUGCUGUGGGAAGCUUUAUGCAUUGGGUGGCAGGGUGUAUGAGGGUGAUGGCCGGAAUGCAUUAAAGUCUGUCGAAUGCUAUGAUGCCAGGGACAACUGUUGGACGGCUGUGAGUCCAAUGCCAGUGGCCAUGGAGUUUCACAGCGCCGUGGAGUACAGAGAUCGAAUCUAUGUCCUCCAAGGUGAAUAUUUCUUCUGCUUUGAUCCUCGUAAAGACUACUGGAGUCAUCUUUCCCCGAUGAGCAUCCCUCGGAGCCAGGGUCUGGCUGCCCUCUAUAAGAACUGCAUUUACUACAUCGCCGGCAUUUGCAAGAAUCACCAGCGUACAUUCACUGUGGAAGUCUAUGACAUUGAAAGGAAUAGCUGGGGUCGGAAGCGGGAUCUACCCUUUGACCAAGCCACAAGUCCGUACAUCAAGGCCAUGCUGCUGCAAGGCAAACUGCACCUGUUUGUACGGGCUACACAGGUUAUGGUGGAAGAGCACGUGUUCCGCACUAGCCGCAAGAACUCCCUUUACCAGUAUGAUGACGAGGCUGAUGUGUGGACUAAAGUCUAUGAGACGCCUGACCGCCUCUGGGAUUUGGGCCGCCAUUUUGAAUGUGUGGUGGCCAAACUCUAUCCACAGUGUCUACAGAGGGUGCUCUGAUGUAGCUUGGCUUGUUGUAUGAACCUAAUCUGUAAGGCAGAGGGAGUGGUGUGGUCCUGCCUGCCUUGUGCCUGGUGUUACCUCGGGUUUGCACCACAAAGACCAUUUUUUUUACAUGUCUUAAGCCGUUAAACCUUUUGGUUUGACAAGAUCAAGACAGGGGUGCUUUUAAAGAUUGCAGUAUUUUUCCCCCAGACAGCACCAUCUACCCACACUGAUGCUUGCUCUAGAAAACCGUACAAUGAAUCAUAAGUGCAAUUAUACAACUUGUUUUUUGCUUAUUGUUGAGCCAUGCUGUUGUCAUUUGUUUUCGAUACAUAGGUGAGGAUCUACAAAAGCAUGUAUACAUGGUGUGCACUCUGGAGAAAGAAAAGCUACAUCUCAGCAUAAAGUAAAACUCUAUAAAUAUAUUAAAUAUAUAUUCAUACGGGUAAGGCGAGUACCAAUGCUCAUUAUUAGCUUGCUGGCUCUGUUGGCGUGCAUCCCUCCACCACCUUCCAAGUUAAAUUUCUGAAGCUCCUUUACGAGAUGACUUAAUUUUGAAGUGUGGUGUUGAUUUACAGUAGUUUUUGAAACUCGUAUGUUUUUUCUUUUUUCCCCCCACCUGCUUUUUCUCUCCAGGUGUUGGUGUGUCAAAACAUACACUGUCACUGUGUGGCUUCUGAGCUAGUUUUACAUUUUGUUAUAGAUUCCAGUAGGAUGGGGGAUCGCCCCUCCCACCCUUAAAGGUGUCCAUUUUGUGUCACACAUGAAGAGAACUUGUGAUGUGUAAUUUUGGAAUAUUCCCUCUUCACAUUGGAGAAAUGAUGAGUGAACUUUGUGUCAGCAUUAAGUGGGAUGUUCUGACCAACUACAAGACUUACCUCAGACUUCAGAGAUAUUCCAUUGGGAGGAGGAAAACAAGGACAUUUUUUCAGGCCAUUUUGUGUUAAUGAAGCUAAAGCAUUGAUCUCUGUUUGGGUUGCUUUCUGGAGUGUCAUUUUAACCACGUAUAAAAGGUUAAAACAGCCUUCCACCUAAAUGCUGAAAUGCAUUUUGAGGUCUUCUAAUAAUCUGGAUGUUGGGAAGAAUUUUGUGGUAGCAAUAAUUCUUGGAACUGUGAUUAGGCUACAUCUUUUUAUGAUUUAGGUGAAAGUGUUGAUUAUUUCAUGUGCUUAUCUGAUAGUGAAAUCACAUUAGUUCCACUGGUACGUGGGCACAGGCUUAAAAUGACGUGUGGUGCAGAUCACUCACGAUGCCAACGUGCCUGUGGCUGCAAGAAGAGAGUCAUCACAGCUAGAAAGUAUUCCUCCUGAUGAACAAUAUCUGAAAAUCUUCACGCUACACUUCAACAGACCUGAAAUGCAGACUCUGAAAAGAAGAAACACCUUUGUGAAAAGGCCAUAAAUCCGUCUUUACAUGCCACUACCAGUGGACUAACAAUUGGUGCUGCUUUCAUUUUGAUUUGUUUUUUGACAAUCUUUUUCAGAAGUAAUACAACAGCAAAGUAGCAAUUCUCUACCUGUGACAUUUUCAUUACAGUACUGUCAAUUUUGUCACACAGGUUCCCGUGUCAUCUUUGCACUACUACAAAAAAGCAGCCCACAUUCUGAAAGAGCUGCAGCAACCUUAUUAUCAAAAGAAUUACAUGCAAAUCAAGCAUUCAUUAAAAAAAAAAAAAAUCCAUGAAAUUAAUACAAGAGGGGACUGACCUGAUGUUCGAGAGUCAGUUCAGAGUUGAUGUUAAAAGCUUCAUUCACACAAUUUACAGUUGGUGAAUGAGCAAUGGAGAACUCAGGAUUUCUACUGAAACAGUACUGUAUUUUUUAAUUGAUUUUGUUGUGUAAUAUACUGUACUAUAGGUUUGCUGUACUUGCACAGUUUUUAAACUUAAAUUUCUUUUAUAACUUGAAAAGUAGAUGUUUUGUUUUUGUUGUCGUCAGUGGCUUUUCCCCUUUUUAUUUCCUAUUUAGUUAUGGUAGAUUAAUCCUGUUCGGAGAUUACCUGAAGGAGUAAUACAUUUGAAUUGCUGUAGACUGUAGUACAGUAAUAUCUCACCAAAUAUAAGCAUUACAGAUCAAGAA